AUGGAGUGGGCAACACUGGGUCCCGAGAUUGUCAAGUAUGUCGCACGAUACUGCGAUGACAACCAGACACUCCUGGCCUUGUCCCGGGUGAACCGACACUGGAGUCCUUGGGCUACCGAAGCCUUGUAUCAGAACAACAUCGCCUACGAGGGAUCGGGUGCAGCACUCUACGCAGCAGCUUACGGUCGCCUUGAUAUCCUGAAGUACAUGGUAGCAGUUGGCACGGAACGUCAUCAGCCAAACUUCGCCACCGUCCCCAGCGAUCUCGAAUCUACCAUCACAGAGGCUUGGCAAGAUCUCAAGGAUGACUCCAAGCCCACUGGGUGGACGCCCAUCCACCUUGCCGCCCUCUUUGGGCACGAGGACAUUGUGGAAACCCUGCUCGAUCAAGGUGUAAACCUUGAAACCAAGGACAAUGACGAUCACACGCCGUUGCUGUAUGGAUUGUACAGCUGCUCUUUCAUGAGCAUGACACGCCUCUUGACCCGGAAAGGUGCCGAUAUCAAUGACAUGGUCGACAAGAGAGAUCAUGGAGGUGACCAUAAUCAAAGAGUCCCGAUGAUCAUCGCUAGCUGCAAAAAGCGUCAAAUGACCCUCAUGAUCCGGCUGAUCCUGGCGGGCGCCGACGUCAGUAAUGUGCGAAAUGGACGCACCCUGCUACAUGAAGUCGGUGAUGCUAUCAAUCAUUCCUGGCGCGAUCUCACCGACAAGUGGAGGGGCAUCACGAAGAUGUUGGUCUGUCUUGGAGUUGACCGCACUGCGAGAGAUACUUCAGGCCAAACAGCUCUACAUCGUAUCAUGGCCGGUUUCGAAACUUAUUACCCACUGGACUUCUUUCCAGUCGCAGACGACUUCUUGCCUGCUGGAACCGAUCCGAGUAUCUUGAACGACACCAUGACACCGAUGCUGUGGCUGGCACUGAAAGGAAGAGGCUGGAGAUACAUACGAUCCGCCACUAAGGCAGAGAAAGGCCGCCUUGUCUCAUGGUUCGUGCGGUGCGGUGGUGAUAUCAACAUCAAAGGUCCUGAUGGCAGAACAUGUCUGCACUGGCUGGCAGACCAGCGCAGCGCCAUAAUGGACAUAAAGUAG